AUGUCGGAGAUACGUAACACGAACCAAAGCCGUCUACCUCGACUACCCCCUGAAAUCAUUCUACUCAUAACGGAAGAUGAUUCUCUUGAGUGGGAAGAUCUCCGCAGACUUCGCCAUGUAUGUUCUUUCCUAUUCCACAGGCUGGGUAAGCGCGUGCUCAAAGCCAGAGACUUAUUCUUCUUUCGCAAUGCAUGCCUUCACGCUAACGUGGAUAUAUUGGUCGAGUGUCUGAAGUAUAAUGUCACUCCAACCGGUACUAUGUGGAAGGGUCGCCAUUCUACACCUGGUCAGAUUGUAGUUGAUGGAUUCCGGAAGGGUAACUUCUCCGUUGAACGAUUCAAAGAAACUUGGCAGUGGUUGUCGGACAAUGGAUACGAGGUUCACGGGCGGGAGACUCGCCACUUUUCUGACCCAAAUGGAGAACGGUAUACUGUCUUCGGGCAAACCCGUACUUUCCCUGAUGAACUACUAUACAUGAUAUGGGAUGCUACCGAUGCUCGCCAUCUUCAAGCAACAUGCGAUGCCAUACACUUCGUCGUCGACAAGGGUAUGGCGUUCCCAAUGCAUAUAGACAAUGGGAACUUCAAUUUCGAAAGAGUUGAUUUGAGUCCUGUGGAGUUGAUGGAACUUCUGAUGCUUCCCGAUUGUCCGGCUUCCAUUCUGGAGCUGCACUUGAAACAACUCGGUACCCGAGGCUUGACCUUGAAGACUCCCAUCAAGAAUCAAGAAGCCUGGCCUGAAAUCUAUAGACGUGAAGAAACUGAGAUUAAUGUCCUCCUAGAUCGCUUGUUUGAAUACCAUUUCGAUUUGCAUUCAUGGGCGGUACAGGAUCCUCGCAGGAUAGGAGACGAUUUGGAGAGCAAGAUUGAGGUGCUGACCAAAUAUAGCUCUAUUAAUGACGGCGAGAAGCGGGUUUUGAAGGACAUUCUGAGAGGUCUUCGAAAAGUCGAGUCCAAACGAAUCGAUCAAGGUAACCUCGACUUUGAUCGAGACGGGCUCUGGUGUUGGUACGAGCUAUCCAUGUCAAUUGCGUAUAUCGCUACCGAUGAUUCAGUUCUGGCACGCGUGGUUUGGGAUAAUCAUCGCUAUCAUAAAGAGACCGCCAUUCAUGGAUUUGAACACAACUGGGAACGGUGGUACCCUCCAAAGACGUUGGCUUAUAGAAGAGGACGAAGGGCCGAGAGAAGAGGACCAGUUGACCCGUCAAGAUACGAGGAUCGGACAAAAGGCGAGUGGUGGAACAUGCCUUUGAGUGAUUGGGACUUCUUUAUGAGAGACUUCCCGCAUUGGUGUAAGGGUUCCCGCGAACGUGAUACGGCUGUGUAUAUCAGGGCCAGGGAGAGGAGGCUAAGAAAUGGGGAACCUGAAAUAUCCUACUAG